AGAAGAUAUCUACUUUUGAAUCAUGAAACUCUUGAAAAUAAUAACCAUAUGAGUAAAUUGUGAGGUGCAUUUGGACUUGGUGAAUUCACCUUCUUCAUUUGAAAAUGGUGGCAAAGGUAGAGAGAAAAAAGAAGGACCGAGGUGUCAGGCAUCCUUGCUAAUACUUCCACGCUUCUUGAUGCAACGCACUGUGACGAUGGAAAUGGCCAGUAGCUAGCAAGGUGUGAUCAUGACCAUGAUGGCUCAGUUUACCACAACCAUGAAUGGUGGUCCAAACAUGUGGGCAAUCACCUCAGAGGAACGAGUCAAACAUGAUCAGCAAUUUAUAAGUAUCAAACCACUUGGAGGAUUACUUUCAGGUGAGCAAGCUCGUACUUUUUUUCUGCAAUCUGGAUUACCAAAGCUAGUGCUGGCUGAAAUAUGGACCCUUUCCGACUUGAACAAGGAUGGAAAGAUGGACCAGCAGGAAUUCUCCAUUGCAAUGAAACUAAUCAAGAUGACCCUUCAAGGUCAUCCAGUUCCUACCAUUCUUCCACUAGUCAUGAAACAGCCCCCAAUCCCCUCACCUUUGAACUCUGCACGAUUUGGAAUGGGAAGUUUGCCAAAUCUGUCUGUCCCACCAAACAUGGCUUCAUUUACUUCCAUGGCUCCCACUUCAUCGAUGACAUCAGUGUCCACCUUGCCACCUCUGAAUAUGUCAGUUCCCCUGGUGCCUGCUGUUAGUCCGUCAGCCUUUGCAAAUGGUACAUCUGUCCUCAUUCAGCCUUUAUCUACACAGAGUUCUGCAACACUUCCUCAUGCUGGGUCUCUGAGACAGACAAUAGCAGGAUUCGGAGGCUCUGGUCUUCAUAAGGCACAGUCGCUGAUUGAUCUUGGUUCCAGCAGCAGUUCAUCAUCAUCAUCCACUACAUCUCUUGCUUCACCCAAAAUGAGUUUCACUGACUGGGGGGUUCCUCAGUCCAGCAGGCUCAAAUACCGCCAGGCCUUCAACAGCCUUGAUAAAUCCAUGAGUGGUUUCCUGUCAGGUCCACAAGCCAAGAAUGCUCUUGUUCAGUCCAACCUGUCUCACAAUCAAUUAGCCACAAUAUGGAACCUGGCAGAUGUUGAUAAGGAUGGGAAACUCAGAGCGGAAGAGUUUAUUUUAGCAAUGCACUUAAUUGAUGUAGCAAGGUCUGGUCAGCCUCUUCCCAUCACUCUACCCCCAGAACUGACACCUCCUUCAUUUAGAUCAAGCAAAUGGGGUGAAGGAAUAAAUGGAACACAACCUCAGUAUCAGGAAAUAGCAGAGGAAAUCCAGGAACCCCAGAAAACGUCACCUGUAACUUUCGAGGAUAAAAGAAAAGCAAACUUCGAUAAGGGUAAUGCAGAGUUGGAGCGAAGGCGGCAUACCCUUCUUGAACAGCAACAACGAGAAGCUAAUCGCAGAGCACAGCGUGCAAAGGAGGAGCAGGAGAGAAGGGAGCGAGAGCUGCAAGAACAGGAACGGAAAAAGCAUCUUGAGCUGGAGAAAAGGUUGGAGAAGCAGCGUGAACUGGAGCGUCAAAAGGAAGAACAGAGGAGGAAAGAAGUAGAAAAACGAGAGGCAGCUAAGCAGGAACUGGAACGCCAGCGGCAGAUUGAAUGGGAGCGAAUUCGGCGAAAGGAACUACUUAACCAACGGAAUCGAGAACAAGAUGAGAUUGUCCGGUUAAAGGCUAAAAGGAAAAGUCUGGAACUUGAACUGGAAGCUUUAAGUGAGAAACGGCAAAAUGUGGCCAGCAAAGUGCAGGAAGUGAAGAACAGAAGGGAAGUUCAAGAAAAUGAACUUAAUCUCAUAAAUCAGAAGUCUGACGAGAGGCGAUCAGAAGUGAACCUUCUGCAGCAACAGCUUCAGGAGUGUCAGAGGGUGCUGAAGCAGCUAAUCCCUGUGAAGCAUGCUUUGAGCAACCAAAUACAAGAAUAUCAGCCCAACUCUAACCAGAACCUCGACCUGUUGAAGCAUAACCAUACUGAAAAGCACGAAUCUUGCGAACAGCUUCGCCAACAGCUGAAGGAACUGGAGCAAGAGACGACUGACAAACUUUCCGAAAUGGAUGCUUUUAACAGCCAACUGAAGUGUGAUGAAAUGGACGACUUUGUACUUGAGUGCCUUCUAUCUCUGCUGGGCUGUCUCAGCAGCUUGUUCCUUUUAUUGAAGGAACUGCGAGAAAGCUACACCAAACAGCAGUUUGCUUUGGAGCAGCUCUAUAGAAUCAAAGAUGAUAAAAUUCGAACACUCGAAAGAAAAAAAUCUGAAGAGCUAGCAAGGAAAAAAAAACAAGAGGAGGAUGCUGUGAGAAAAGCAAAACAAGAAAAAGAAAAUACCUGGAAAUUAAAUGUCAUGAGGGAAGAGGAGAUCAAGCAGCGGAAGCUGGAGGUAGAACGAUUGCAAGAUAAAAUCCAAAAAGAAGAAAAUCUGAAAAAUGAAGAGUCUGCUGCCAAGCAAAGGGAAAUGGAAGCACAAAGUAAAAGACUUACUGAAGAGAAGCAGCACCAUGAGGAAGAAGAGAACAAAAGGCAUGCACAACUACAAAGGGAGGCUGAAGAGAAGCACCGUCAUGAAGAAGAGGAAAAGAAGAGACGGGCACUGCUUCAGAGAGAAGCUGAAGAGAAACGGCGUCGUGAAGAGGAAACAAAAAGGAAAGCUCAGAGUCGGAAAGAGGAGGAGACGAAGCACCAGCGUGAGGAAGAAGAAAAGAAAAGACAAGAAGCCAUGAAACGCGAUGAGUCUGAGAAACCUCGGGGAAAGAUUGAUGUGCAAGUUAAAGCCAAAGACCUGAUGAAAAUCUUUGAUGAUAAACCAAUAUAUGGAACAAGGAAAGGAGGGCCAAUCAACAAAAGUGCAACCUCCAUGCAUAGAAAAUCUGCUGUGUUGGCAAAUUACCGGGCAUUAUAUCCAUUUGAAGCAAGAAAUAAUGAUGAACUCAGCUUUCAGGCUGGAGAUUUAAUAGAGGUUGAUGAAACAACUGAGGGGGAAUCAAGCUGGCUGUAUGGGUCUUUACAAGGGAAAGCUGGUUGGUUCCCAGUAAACUACGUAGAGAAGGCGGCGGAGAAUGCAGCUCCUUUAUCCCCCAAAAGGGCAUUAUUGCCACCUACAAAACCUGUUUCAACUACCUCAGUGUCUCCUGGACCCCAAGAUCAAAGUAAAGUAAGUGAAGAAGGGAAUAUUCAAUCAAGUCGAACCUUUUCAGGGAUAAGUGGCAGUCCCAUGUGGCAAAAAUCUGCUUUUACUCCAACUCUUCCUCCUGGUUCCGGGUCACCUAUUUAUGAUCAGGUUGAAAAUGUAACGGCUUUUAAGGCCCUGGCUCUUUGUUCAUGGACAGCAAAGAAAGAAAACCACUUGAAUUUUUCGAAAGAUGAUAUGAUUGAGGUCUUGGAACAACAGGAUAACUGGUGGUUUGGAGAGGUUCGUGGUGCAAAGGGAUGGUUUCCCAGGUCAUAUGUCAAGGUGAUCAGUGAGCAUACACAGCUAUCAGUGGACAGUCCUGGACCUGUUUAUGCAUCAGUGACCAAAUGCUCGAGCCCAGUCUCCCAAGCGUUAGAAGAGUAUAUUGCACUAUAUUCAUACGAAAGUACUGAAACUGGAGAUUUAACCUUCGCUACGGGUGAUUUGGUUCUGGUCACUAAGAAAGAUGGCGAAUGGUGGACAGGAGUUAUUGAUGAUAGAACAGGUGUCUUUCCUUCAAAUUAUGUGAGACCAAAGGAUUCAGAUGGAUCAAGUAGUUCAGGAAAAGCAGGGACGUUAAACAAGAAACCAGAGAUUGCUCAAGUAACCUCGGCAUACACUGCAGCAGGUACUGAGCAGCUAAGUCUCGUCCCCGGCCAGUUGAUAGUUAUUUUGAAGAAAAAUGCCUCUGGAUGGUGGCAGGGUGAAUUGCAGGCCAGAGGUAAAAAACGUCAAAAGGGAUGGUUUCCUGCAAGUCAUGUCAAGCUGCUCGGGCAAAGUAGUGGAAAAUCCACACCUGCUCCACCUCCACUCUGUCAGGUCAUAGCAAUCUAUGACUAUACUGCCGCGAAUGAAGACGAACUCAGUUUUUCCAAAACUCAGCUUAUCAAUGUGCUGAACAAGGAUGAUCCAGAUUGGUGGCAGGGAGAGUUGAAUGGAAUGAAUGGCUUAUUCCCUUCCAAUUACGUUAAGGCAACCGUAGACUCCGAUCCAAGUCAGCAGUGGUGUGCUGACCUCCAUUGCCUUGAUUCCAUGCAACCUAUGGAAAGAAAACGUCAAGGUUAUAUUCAUGAACUGAUUCAGACUGAGGAGCGGUACAUGGAAGAUUUGCAACUGGUUUUAGAGGUUUUUGAGAAACAGAUGGCUGAAUCCAAAUUCAUCACAGAAACUGAGCUGCGAACCAUUUUUGUGAACUGGAAGGAGCUCAUCAUGCCGAACACCAAGCUCUUCAAGGCUCUGCGUGUGAGGAAGAAGACUGGUGGGGAGAAAAUGCCUGUCCAGAUGAUUGGAGACAUCUUGGGAACAGAACUGUCGCAUAUGCAGGCUUACAUUCGGUUUUGUAGUUGCCAGCUAAAUGGAGCAGCUCUACUCCAGCAGAAAAUUGACGAAGAACCAGAAUUUAAAGAUUAUCUUAAGAAAUUGGCUUCUGACCCUCGAUGCAAAGGGAUGCCGCUUUCCAGCUUCUUGCUAAAGCCGAUGCAGAGAAUUACACGUUAUCCGCUUAUUAUUAAGAAUAUUUUGGAAAACACUCCAGAAGUUCAUGCAGACCAUAGUCAUUUAAAGUUGGCAUUGGAGCGUGCGGAGGAGUUGUGUUCCCAAGUGAAUGAAGGUGUACGUGAGAAGGAAAACUCCGAUCGGCUGGAGUGGAUUGAGUCACAUGUUCAGUGUGAUGGACUUGCAGAGCACAUUACUUUCAACUCCAUCACAAAUUGCUUGGGACCACGGAAGUUGCUGCACAGUGGAAAACUUUACAAAACAAAGAGCAACAAAGAGUUAUACGGCUUCCUUUUUAAUGAUUUCCUGCUGCUCACCUACAUUGCAAAACAGUCAUUUAUUUCAUCGGGGUCUGAGAAACUGUUCAGCUCCAAAUGUAACUCGCAGUUUAAAAUGUACAAAACGCCUAUUUUCUUAAAUGAAGUUCUUGUGAAAUUGCCGACUGACCCAUCAAGUGAUGAUCCGGUCUUCCAUAUUUCGCACAUUGACCGGGUGUACACACUCAGAGUGGAAACCUUAAAUGAGAGAACUGCCUGGGUUCAAAAGAUUAAAGCAGCUUCUGAACAGUUUCUCGAGACGGAGAAAGGAAAACGUGAAAAAGCUUAUCAAGCGCGCUCACAGAAGACGAGUGGAAUAGGACGACUUUUGGUGAGCAUUAUUGAGGCAACAGAACUGAAACCCUGCAGGGCAAAUGGAAAGAGUAAUCCUUACUGUGAAGUCACCAUGGGAUCCCAAUGUUACACAACCAGAACUCUGUCAGACACACUGAACCCAAAGUGGAACUUUAACUGCCAGUUUUUUAUCAAGGACCUUUACCAGGAUGUAUUGUGUAUCACAGUCUUUGAAAGAGAUCAGUUUUCACCUGAUGAUUUCCUUGGUCGGACAGAGGUUCCAGUGGCAACAAUCAAAAAGGAGCAGGAAGGCAAGGGGCCAACUACAAAACGCCUUCUUCUGCAUGAAGUGCCGACAGGGGAAGUAUGGGUGCGUCUUGAUCUUCAAUUGUAUGAACAGAAGACGUUGCUUUGAAGUUCACGCUUCAGAACUUUGUGAAAUUUGAAUGCUCAGUGAGUAAAAUCGUUCAAUGGAUGACAAAAUUGGAAAUGUUCCUUCCUGGAAUUCCCGAUAAAGUCUAACAAAUGAAACCUCAACCAAAAUACACUGUGAUACUCAAUAUUCAUAGCCAAUUAGGUGCCAGUUUUGUUACUGUGAUUGAAAUUAUUGGCUCUUUCGUUUUCCAUUCUAUGUUUGUAUUUUCCUCGUAGCAAAAAUGUUUCACCAGAAAUUAAUUAGGAACCAGUUAAUGUAGAUUUCAGCAGAUUGGGCAGAGAGGGUGACAGAUUAUUAUCCUCUCGUUGUGGAGAAUCAUACUUCCUGCCGAGAACUGUUAAGGUUAACAACACAAACACUUUAACGUCUUUAAAAAUGAAGAAUAUCCAUUAUUCAAAUCAUUAAGAAGCUAUUCACCUAUUCUAACUCGUGUAAAAUUGACAGAAUGCAUCUUUUGAAUUGUCUUGAAAUCUCCUUUAUAAUUGCUAAAAAUGUACGUUGGAGCUGGUGUUAAAUGGAAUUGAAUUCCAGGCUAAAAUUUGACUUAACUGUAACUAUAUUUUCAAGUGAAUCACUGGAGUGAAAAAAACGGCACCAUUCAUCAAGAUUUAGGAUUGGCACACAGAACAUUUGCUCAAGAUAUUUGCUGGAAACGUGAACUCUUUAUGUGAGCUAAAAAUCUGUGGCAGGGCCCAGCUACUGAAUAGGAUCAAUAGGUUUUGUUGACUUUUUUUUGUCAUAUGCAAUAAAUUCAAUCCCAGAUGUACUUCCUGUAUAUGAGAAAAGCAGCACAUUAAGAAGUCUUUACUCUGGCACUGGUUUAGACAAAAAUGUCAGUAUGUAAUAUAACAUUUCUCAUUGCCUUCAGGGGGCUUGUAGAAGUUAACAGAUCUUUUCUGAUUUUUUGUUUUCUUUUUUGUAGUCAAUCAUUCAUUAAUGUAUUUUGUUAUCUCUGGAAGCACACAAGCUAUACCAAUGAUUUUGCUCCAUUCAGUAGAACUUUAAACAAUAAUGAAAAUAUUUUCACAUUUAGUGGUGUUAUCUUGAAACCAGAUUUUGUAAAGUAAUAUACUUUAUUAGGUAAGACUAAAUUUGAUGACAAGUUUCUCAGGUGCCUGCUACUUUAUUAAGAUUUGUUUAUAUUUACAUAUUUAAGUUCCUAAUUAAGUCUUUAAGAUGUGUAUUUCAUAUGUACUGUCCAUCAAUCAAAUGGUGGGACAUUACCAGAAAACAUGUGCAGUUAAGUGAGAGAAUUAGAAAGAAAAAGUGAGAGGCAGAAAUAAUUUUGUGGUUCCAUUUUUUUCUUCUAUAUUUACUUGAAAAAUCAUAUUGAGAGUCCGAGCAACAGCAAAUUACAUUGAUGUGGUAAUGCUAAAACAACAAUUAAUGGAAAUGCGAAAAUUGAGACAAAAGUGUCAGAAAUGUCUGGCACAUUGAGAAUGAUUUGGAAAAGCAGAUUUAUAGUUUGUAUGGUUGGAACUAUUUAGUUCCACUCUCUCAGUUGCUGAUUGACCAAUUCCAUUUUCAUUUUCAGACAGAAUUCCAUUUGGCACAUGACUGCAUUCAUGUGCCAAAUGGAAUAAUUUACAAUAUCUUUCAUACUGGAAAUUAAUAUUGUGGUAUCCCAAAAAUCAUUGAAUUUCAAUUGAUUUUGUUCUUAAUUUUUUUACAAACAUAAAGCAGCAUUGACGAUAGUGGAGUACUGCUCUUUAUGUACCUGCAGAUAGCCGGUAGCCUUUUUGAUUGUUCGUUAUUCUUCAUUCCUGCGUUACAAACUUGUCUUGAACUUGUUUUUACAAUUUUGGGUUUCCUAUUUGUAUUUUAUUUUAUAUUUAAAAAGCUAUUAACUUUAUAAUGGUGCAGGUAUUGUCCUUUGAGAAAGCAUGCUAGCAUUACUGUACUAUGAAUGUGGUGUUAGUCAUACAAGAAUAUAACUAGUUUCAUUCUCCAAUUUACACCACUGAGAAUACUAUGUAAAAUUCCUAAUUGGUGUCCCUUAGCCUUGGAAGAUUGUUUGUUGUAGGUAGGUUUAGUGGAAAUGCGCGAUAUGGUGAUUUGUGUGUGCAAUAAGUCAUACAAUAAUUCGAACCUGAGCAUGCAUUAACUGCUUCAGUUAAUAAUAUGAGAAACCAUUUGGCUCAAGGGAUAUGGAGUUCCUAUUUUACAAUGCAAGGCACAAUUCCAAAUAAACUAAAAGUCCAAAUAAGAAACACAACACUGAUCGUUCUUGACAUGUAAGGCUUAUUCUAUCUCUAUCCAAAAGAAUUAGUGAGGGACAUCAUUUGUAUUACGUUAUGGUUAUUAGUACUGUUGAUCAAACAUAGCAGAGAAAUGUCAUCACUCUCAGCUUCAGUGGAAGUGAAAGCAUCACCUCAUUUGUUUUACAGAAGCAGCCAUUGAUGUACAUAUGAAGGUCAAAUGAAAUAUUUAUUUUCUAUUUUUUUGGAUCCUAGUAAAAAAUAUCUCCAUGAACAUGGAUAACUGAACCACUGAAAUCCCUAGUGUUAUUUUAGUAUCACUGCUUUAUUUUCAGUUCAGAUUCCAUUUAAGGUCAGUUAAGGAGGGGCAAUUAAGGGAGGCCAGAUGUGAAAGGUCAAAGCAAUACAUAUUAUUUAACAAGUGAAUAAUUAGCAGAACUUUAGAUACAGUGUGUCAUAUGAAAAGUUUUCUGGUAAAUCCAAGCUCAGAUGUGUCUUAAAUAUCCAUGAAGAUAUUUCCUUAUCCAUGAUAAUUUAUGCAAAAUUGGUAGAAGGAGCUUUUCUGCUUGUUUACCAAGUGAAGUUACACCAGGGGUUUGAGAAUUUCCAAUGAUGUUUCACCUGAGUAAUUACUGAGGCUUAACUAAUAUCCUUCAUGCAUUCUCCUUCCCAUUCCUGUAAGUAUUUUUGAGUCGUGCGUUCUAGUUCAAAACAUCACAUUAACUCAUGCAAAUAAUCAAUUGCUGUGGAGGAGGAGGUUAGGAAAGAUGCCAGUUAACUAGGAUAUUUACAUACAUUUCUAGCAGAUUAGAAGUCUAAACUUGUUGCUUUUCACUCAAUGUCUUAUCCCUCCUGAUUCUUUAUCUGUCACUUGCCAGAGAUGUUGAACAACUAGUACUUUGUUACACACACUCAAAUUACAGUUUGUGGUCAAUCCUAAUCGUUAUAUCCAGAGAUUACCAGCCCGACAAUGGGGGAUGUUCCAUUUUAAGCUCUGUCCUUUUUACCUUUCUUUUGGCAACUUGUGUACUUUCAUCUGGCUUCAACAUGCAAUAAUCACUCCAUUGCUUUCUUUACAAUUAAAAAUCCUUUCUUAACAGUGAAACAAUUCUUGCAGUUAAUAAUGGGAACCCAUUACUAUUAUAACUCUUCCAUAUGAUAUCUGGAUAUCAGAUAUCCAGGCAGCGAGCAUGUAAUGCAUUAAAUGGCUGACCUAGGACUGAAUGUUCAAAUAUUAGCUAUUACUGACGAGUGUGACUUCCCAUUGAAUAUCACAAAUUGGUUUAUUCAAUGGGAAGUCACACUCGUCAGUAAUAGCUGACUUGCAAUAUGUGAACAUUUUCCUAUGAGCUGCUGUGAUUUGGAUGUUAGCUGAUUACUAUUAAAGCUGAUGCCAUUCAAUUCGAGGAUUAAAAGUAGUAGUUUAAUAAAAAAUGUUGAACUGUCGGACUUUGUAAAUGCUAUGAUAUGCUGCUGAUGUUUCCCUCCCUACACCCUUUCCAAAAUUUUCUUGAGAGCAAUCAUUGUACAGUUGACCAAGCUGCUAAGAUGUUGGCAUUGACUGUCAGAAUUUGUCACAAUGCUAUGUCUUUAAUUGUCAUUGUUUUUAUCACUGUUCUUUAAGGUAGAAUGUAUAAAAACUCAAAACAGCUGCAAGGUCUGCAGCGUAAAUUAGUUUUCCUGAGAGCAAAAAUGUAUAUUAUAAAUGAGGGAAUGUCUAUUUUGCCAAAUAUUUUUCCUACCUAAGAGCAAUAGAUAUAAGGGUUCUGAAAAACACACUGUAGGGGUAUUAAACCUCUGAUAAUUCAGUCAAACCACUGCCAAACUGUUACUAUUGUUGAAAACAGUUAAAGGGGAUUGAAACUGGAAGUUAUAGUUUAAUAUUUAAAGUCUUGGCAUGUAAAUUGUUGUUUGCUUUUUUGAAUCAUGUAAACUUUUUUAAUUACUGUGAUUUUAUGCCACUGCCCUUCCUAUGCAGUCUGCUGUAGAGAAUCUCUUUGCACUACUGUGGUAUCAGUUGCUUGAUAUUUUGUAGAUUAAAUAUCUGUAUAGUUUGCAAUUUAAUAAAUAUUUGAUGUCAAUAAAAUUGACGUUUAAAUUA